GGUGUGAGUGGUGGUGGUGGUGGGGGGGGGCUGACUCCCUGUUUUACCCAUGAUGCUCCGGCGGCGGCCUCACGCCACAAACUCCCCCAAAAGAAAGAUGCCGCCCGGCGGCGCCGCGAGCCGCGCCUUCUCCUCGUGAACCCGGCACCAGCUCGCGGUCUGAAGCAGCAGAAUGGCAGAACUGUUUAUGGAAUGUGAAGAAGAAGAACUGGAGCCCUGGCAAAAGGCAACUAAAGAUCCUGAAGAGGAUGAUGAUGAACUGAUUUUUGUGGGAGAAAUUACAAGUUCCAAAACUUCCAACUAUCCAUGCAACAAAUCAGCAAAUACAACUUUUAAUGUGACACAACAAGGAGGAAUCCAAAAUGGUGGACUUAGUAGAGGCAUGAUGGUCUCCUUUAAUAGUGGCUCAUCAUCCACACAAUCAACCAACCAGCAGUCUGGGGCUUCUGCUCUAUCAAAUUCUAGCACUAUGGCAGGAUAUCAACCAGUAGGCCGACCUCCAACUGCUUCAUUAACAACACAACCUAUGAAAUUAACACAGGGCUUUGUUUUAAAAGAUACAAGUUCAUCUGCAUCUCAAAGUUCAGGAGGCGUACUUUUUAAUGCAAGGCCGAACCCAAGUGUAACACGCUAUCAAAGCCAACCAACUAUUCCUGCUGUUUCAGUGAGUACAACUCAGUGCACGAAUGUCAGUAACAAGCGUCCUGCAAUCUGUGAGAUAAAUAACAUUACUUCAAAGAAACCAAAAAACAUUGAAGUUGGACUUGGAAUCAAUUCACCAAUUUUAUCAUCUUCAAACAGUUGUCCUACAUUGGUGCCACCUUAUAGCAGUACCUCAAAAGGAACACAAAGUAACAUUAAGAAUGGCGUGCCAGUCCCAAGGGCUUGUCCAAAAUGUAACAUUCACUUCAACAUCUUGGAUUCUUUGCGGCAACAUAUGGUUUUCUGCUGCCCAGAUUUGGUGUCCAGCUACUGUCCAGUACCAUCCUCUGAACAUUGUCUCAACAUGCUUGAGGAAACCGAGAGUGGGAAAUUGAUUAUGUUGGUCAAUGACUUUUAUUAUGGGAAAGAUGAUGGUGAAGCUCACCAAAUAUUGCCAGAUCAGAAGACAAACACAACGUUUAAGUGCUACAGCUGUUUGAAGAUUCUUAAGAAUAAUAUAAGGUUUAUGAACCACAUGAAACAUCACAUGGAACUCGAGAAGCAGAGCAGUGAGAGCUGGGAAAACCAUACCACCUGUCAGCAUUGUUAUCGCCAGUUUCCCACACCGUUUCAGCUCCAGUGCCACAUUGAAACUGCACACAGCCCAUAUGAGUCAACGACAAUUUGCAGAAUUUGCGAGCUAUCCUAUGAAUCUGAGCAAGUACUUCUACAGCACAUGAAGGACAAUCAUAAACCAGGUGAAAUGCCAUAUGUUUGUCAGGCAUGCAACUACCGUUCGUCAGUAUAUUCCGAUGUUGAUGCUCAUUUCCGCAUUAUUCAUGAAAGUACCAAGCAGUUGCUAUGCCCUUUUUGCCUUAAGGUCAUUAAAAGUGGAAAUGCUUAUGUUCAGCAUUACAUGAAACAUCAGAAAAAAGGAGUUUACCGCUGCAGUAAAUGCAAACUUCAGUUUUUGACGUGUAAAGAAAAAGUGGAUCACAAAACUCAACAUCAUAGGACAUUUCGAAAACCUAAGCAGUUAGAAGGUCUACCUCCGGGAACCAAGGUUACGAUUCGAGCUUCCAUGACACCUUAUCCGGUGGGAUCAUCUUCCGUGUCUUCAGAUACAGCAACCGGUUCUGCACUCCAGUGCUCAUCACCAGUCACAUUAAACACUAAAUUAUCCUCAUCAACCGCAAACCAAGUUAGUCAUGAGAGAAAGUUACUUCUGGAUCAGCAGGACCUUGACCAAGAUGAGAAGAAAGAGAGUACAGUCAGCAAAAAAUUAACCAAAUCUUUUAAUGUUGUGUUGCAGUCUUUGAGAAACGAAUCAGGUGUUCAUAAAUGUAUUGAGUGUGACACAGAAAUCAAGGACUUUCCCAGCCACUUUCCAACUUAUGCCCAAUGUUCCCUUUGCCGCUUUGGCAGCAGCUGCAACAAAUCUUAUACAACACAUAGGAUGAGCUUUCAUACUGCCCCGAGUAAAAAGAGAUGUUGGAUGUUCACAGAUUAUUCAAACAAACUGAGAGGUAUCAAACUGGUGUGUGUUAGUUGCCCAUUUCAGACAGAUGGUACUGGUUCAGAUGAAAUGGCAAAGCAUCUUGAUCAAAAUGAAUUCCAUGACUGUUGUUUCGUUUCGGAGUCUUGUGUUUCCUCCACUGCAGACAACAGUGCUGUUGAGUGCAGUACAGACGUUUCAGAAACUAACAAAACCAAGAAAUACAAGGAGAAUCAAUCGUCCACCUUACCUGAAGCAGAAAGUUUGGAAACGGGGUUAUCUUUCGAUGGAACUCAAGAAAAGACUGACCAGACUUUAAGAACUGAGGUUGAAUUGGUGGAAGAAUUAUCUUCACCACAAAUUCCUGCUGAAUUAAAUAAUCAUCAAGAAUCUGAUGGCAAAGAAGUGAGCUCUGCUGAAGAAUAUAGAAAAUAGUCACAAUCCUGGAGAGAGCGAUGGUCUGUCUGAAUUGACUAGAGGAAUAGAAAAAGAAAGCAAUGCACAGACCGUACAUGAUGGAUCCUCAGAAAAAGAAGCUGCAGCUUCAAAUUCUGAUCAAGAACAAGGUUUUUGUUUUGUUGACGAGGAUGUUGAUGUUAAAAUAAUAGAAGAAUGUGAGAGAAACACCGUAUUUGAUGAAACGAAAGAUCAAGAGACCCUGGAGAAUACCGUGCAGAAAUCCCAAGGAAAGGGGAAGGAGAGGCUUGGUUGCUUCGGUAGAAAAACGUUUCAUCGAUAUGAGGGUGAUAGUAAAGAUGAAAAUGUGGGACAGGACAAAGAUCCCAAAGAAGAUGUUUCCUUUGAACAGUUUUUUAGAAGCAAAGAUGAACCAGAGGCCAUUGGUUCUGAUGUGAGUGAGCAGGGCAGCAUUCAGCUCGAGCCACUCACCCCUUCUGAGGUUCUGGAGCACGAAGCUACUGAGAUUCUACAGAAAGGGGGUGUAGUGAUCUCAACAAAGAAAAAGGGUUCAGCUGCAUCCGAGUACGUAGAUGAAAAUGCUAAAGACGCCAGUCCGGGCACAGUACUAAUGAGCACAGAACAUCAGGAAGAAAAUGAAAAGAGUUGAAGUCUUGUGUGCGAGACUUAUUUAUCUUAUUAGACUUUGUUCAUAAAAAAAACACAAUUCAAGCACACAAAAUGCUUUGUUCAUAAAAAAAAACUGUUAGACUCAUACUGUUAAAGACUUUGAUAUUCUUACCUUGCUCAGACUCGAGUUCACAUUCCUGUCUUUGUCAAAACAAUUUUUUUAAAGAAGCAUGUGAAUAGAAAAGACUUACAAUUCUGUAGAAUUUCUGUAUAAACUAAACACCUUUGUAUAGGUGUAACUUUGCCAGGCUAUCAGCUUACCUAAGUAAACUUUCAGUGAAAGUGGAAUCAUUACAAUAUACGUGAUUGUCAUUGUGCAACUGUGCAGAAACAUCUGACUGCAGUCAUGGACAACAGGACAUAAUACUGUAAGUGCUGUUGCUGUAACCCAGUGCUUAUUGUUUUAAUAGUCUUUAAAAUAGGGUUAGACCCUUUAGGAUGGGUUUCAUGGUAAACCAAAGUGCUUCAUCCUUUCCUUUUACUGUAGAAAAUAGAAUAUAUUGUGUUAAGUACUUAUUUCUUUAUAUUGGCAUGUAUGUUUUGUUCAGCAGUUAGUCCUGCUUACAGAGGUAGACAUAAAAGGCAAGGACUGCAGAAUAUGUAACAGUGAAUAGUAAAAACAAACAAACUGCAGUACUUUGCCGUGCCAAGCUAACUGUGUAUGAGGAAGAAUAAAGCUGCUUAAAGUUAUUCUAAAUAUUUUUGCUAUGUAUUUGGUAAAUAGCUUCAGACAUGUACUUUGCUCGUGACAGACAGUGGCUUGCUUUGAUGUACUAACGGUUUGCAUAAAACUACAAAACCUUAUUUAAAAAUCAAAACCAUAGACUUGAAUCCUUAGAUGUAUCUAAUUUUACUUUGUUAUAAAGCUUGUUUUAUUUUAGUUAUGAGAAUAAUAACCAGAGAGAAGGGUCAUAGUUACCAAAAUUUGUACAUGGUGUGAAUGCAAGAUCGCCCUGAUGCUGGCUGUUUUAUUCUGAGUGCAUUUUGCUAGAGACUACUUUUGCGUAAAGCAAUUUUAAAAAUAGCAUGCAUCAAACUUAAUGGAUAUAAUUUUUACUUGUUUUAAUUUUGGCUCUGAUUUUCAUGUGGGUUCUUAUUUUAAAAUAUUUAAUUGUAGCCUCUUCGCUCUUCUAAAUCUCACAUUUCCAAACGGAGAACACUAUCUGAAAGCUUUCGUGUUUGUCUGGCAUUUUAAAAAAAAGUUAAGAUUUUAAACAAAAUAAUUAAUACUUAAUGAUGAAACAUCUCGCUGAUAUGAUAAGACGCUGUAUCAAAUGCAAGGAUUGUUAAAUAGAAACUUCCUUAAAAGGCCUGCAGAUUCCAAGCCACAAAGCAGUGUUUGUGCCAUUCACAAAAAUCUUAUUCCAUAAUAGACACACCGACAAUAUCAGCAGUUGUGUUUUCAUUUCUGAGAGACAGAUAAUAGAUUGUGAAUAUUUCAUAGCUACCUAGUUUGGUUAUAGGUUAUAGUCUAUUUCGAGUUGCUAUUAUUGUGCAUUUUCUCAGUGUUUGCAACCCACCUAAAGUGACCAUUGGUACUGUCAUAUUCUUCUAGAUGCCUUAUGAGAUUAACAUGAAUGUUUGGGUUUCUGGUACCUAAAACAUUAAUCCGGAAGUGUGACGAUACAAUUUUCUGUCACUUAUCUCUGCAGACUUUCAAACUUAUAAACAUUUCCAUGGUUUGUUUUCAUGCGUCCUAUUUGAGGGAGUGCUCUGGUUUGAGGCUUGCACACUUGCUCCUGAUUGCCAUCAAUGCCUUUCUGUAAUUAUCUACCUGGAGGUUUCUUUGAUAAGUGUUUUUGUGUGUGUGUUUUCUCUUUCUCUCCCUCUCUUUCUUCCCCAUUUGCAGUUGACACUGGCCAAUUUGAAUUGAAGGAAUAACAACAGCGGCAAAUUACAUUUGUGUUGCGCCUUUCACGUCAGGAGGACGUCCCAAAGCGCUGGACAGUCAGGGAUCCGCACCCUGUAAUUCCCUACUGGGGACCUGUGAUCGAAAAGCUUGCCUUAUAAUCGGAAAACUGCAAUUCUCCCCUCGAAUAUCAAGAGUUCCUUUAAAAAAAACUGCAGAUUGUCUAAAAGGUGCCCAUUCUAAUACUUACAAUUACAAGAAUAAACCUCUUGAAAUCCUGGUUUGCUGACCAGAUUUAACAUCACAAAGUACUGUGUGGUGACCUAAUGAGCAGUGUUCCAUUGUCUCUGCCUUUCUCAUUGUCUUUUUAUUUACAAAUAACAUCACAAAUCAAAAUUAGUGGUCAGUCAUUGAUAGUAUGAAAAGCUGAUCUAGUUGCUGCUAUAGAUUUGUGCUCAGCCCUCAGUUUUUUUUUAAAAAACCAGGCAGAUGUAAUCCAGGGUAAAUGCAAUAGAUUGUGCCAGGCCUCCUUCAAAACUAUAAAACUCUCAAAAUGUUAUCCAAUCUAUUUGCUGUGGCAUUAGAAAUUCUCAACUAUGUUUUAUAUCUAUGUGGACAUCACUCAAGAUUUCCUUCACUGUAGCUGAUUGUGCCAGUGGUUUUAACACAUGCAAUCUACUUUGUAGGGGAAUUGAGAACUGAUAUAGAGCUCAUCUAAUAUAAUUUCCUUCACACAGCUAAGUUAUAGCAGGGUUGUAAAUACUUCUAUUUUGUGUUUUCAAAAUGCUUAAUUUAGAAUCAUUUGCAGUAUUUUACUUUAAAACAAUGUAUCUAUUUGUAUGUUGGAUUUAUGUUGUUUUUUGUUUUGCUGUUAUACCUCCAAAGUGUGAAUUUACUUGUUCCACUCCAAGAUGCUCGCACUUGAGUUUGUGAUCAAUUCAUGGACAUUGGGUAUCAAAAGGAACUGUAAACAAAGCAAUGUGCAACUGAAUACAUGUUAUAGAUGCCUGUGCUUACGAAUGUUGGAAAAUGGACAGAUUAGGCAAUUUUGCAUUAUUGGACUAAGCUAGUUGUCAAAACAGAUUGGAUCUUUGUGAAAUGUAAAAAUUAGUAGUGCACAGUGCAAAGGCUUUUCCUUAUUUCCAUGCAACUGUUUUUUUUAAUGCUGGUUAACUUUGAUAAUGACAAAUAUUUCCAAUCAUACAGUUGCCACUUGGGACUGAAAUGAUUCCUCUUCAGAGUAAAGUUGCUGUACACGGGGAGGGGGUGGAAAAUAAUGGGUUGUAUAUUUUUCUUCUUGUAGAAGUUAAAUGUAACUUUAAUGCCAGUGCCUGCAAGCUCAAAUAAAGAAAAUGCAUCUAA